GGUAGUGAGAUGACGUCAUAUCAAGCGGUCUUAAGCGUGAGGUUUUUUUUGGAAAAAAAAAAUUUAAGAGUAAUAAUUAUAAUGGAUGUCUUUGCUUCAUCGUCCGUGUCCAGACUGUACAUCUGGCGAGGGUUGGUUGGUAGCCACAUGUUCGGACCAGGUCAAGAUAAAAGAAAGCAGCAAAUGAAUGAGGUAGAUGAGCUACUGAAAGCCGAAUCCAUCCUGAGAACAAGGAGAGGGAGCCGGUUACCCAAGCUGUGUCAGAAGACGCGCACACUGCGAGUUCGGUGCCGCGCUCCAGAAGUAGGCACCGCGAGCCUCAGACCGCCAUUAUUCACCAGAUCUAUCCCAGCUCCUGCUCCGCGACCACCAUCACCAUCACCAUCUGCUGCCCCACCUCCAGUAGAGACAGACUCGAAGAUCGAGCAGACACUGGAACCGUCCAAAUCGUUCGUCCAGCCGGCUUCAGAAACAUCGCUGAGUCUCCUGCGACGACCGACGGGCAGCCGGUACUCCCCGUGCACCCUGGACAGCUGGCAGUUCCGCAAGGUGCUCAGGUCCUACUCGCUGAGGCAGAUCGGGAACGUCGACUGGACGAAGUGUAUGACUUUUUACGAGGAGCAUUUCCCGCUGCUGCUGGAGACCUUGUACACGGACCACGCUCGCGUUAUUCGAGACAACCUGGCUCUGAUGUUUCGAAAUCGAUGCCGAGAUGUUAAUCUCAAACUUAAGAAACUUGAUUCGCGUCUGGAUAAUAUACAACGACAGUACGAACGCAACAACGAAGACUUUUUAACCGAACUGAGAAAGCAACCGUUUGAUCCUAGAGAGUGGCCUUGGAAUUUAGAAGAAUACUGUGUGGCGAAAGACUACUAAUUAUUGUUUAACCCAGUUAAUAUUUUUUUUUUUUUGAAACAUAUAUUUUAGGUAAACUAUUUUAUUAUAAAGUAAAUACAAAUUUGUAAUAAAAUUUUAUUCAUUUAUUUAA